UAAGUAGAGAACUUGUGUUGAUCGUCAAUCGUGGUAGCCUCUAGCCAUGACAGACAGGGACGAAGCCCUCCACUACUUGCUGAACAAGCUCAAGAGCGAGGACGGCUGGUCGAGUUCCAACCUCACCUGGAACGACGAAAAACUGGCCGUCAUCUCGGAUCAGUUCAGCUCAUUUGACGGGGUCGUCAAGGCCAAGGUUCUCCUGUCCUUCCUCUCCAUGAGUCCCCGUACCAUCAGUCAGCCUCCACUUUGGACUGAUGCAGUGACUGAUCUUCCUGUACAGUGAGGUGGGGUAGACCACUAGGAUGAGGAGAGGUGGAAGAAAGACAAACACUGCCACUGCCACUGAAAAUGCCAUUAACAAGACAUGUUUAUUGGAGCCAAAAGGAACAUUUGGAUCAAUGUAUAGUAGUCUUAUGUGUUCUUUUCCUUUGUUAUGUUUUACGUUGCUCCAUUCGAAUGCCUGCCAGAUAAGAUAACUGAGCCUGGCAUAUGACAAAUAGAACAGUGAUGCAAAGGCUUGAAUCAUU